AUGCAUGGAGCCUGGGUGCUGCUGCUGCUGCUGGGCCUCAGGCUACAGCUGUCCCUUAGUGUCAUUCCAGUGGAGGAGAAGAACCCAGCCUUUAACCAAAAGGCAGCAGAGGCCCUGGAUGUUGCCAAAAAGCUGAAGCCCAUUCAGACGUCAGCCAAGAACCUCAUCCUCUUCCUGGGGGAUGGGAUGGGGGUGCCCACAGUGACAGCCACCAGGAUCCUAAAGGGACAGUUGGAAGGCCAUCUAGGACCCGAGACACCCCUAGCCAUGGACCGCUUCCCAUACAUGGCUCUGUCCAAGAUAUACAACGUGGACAGACAGGUCCCAGACAGUGCAGGCACAAGCACCGCCUUUCUCUGCGGUGUCAAGGCCAACUACAAGACCAUUGGUGUGAGCGCAGCAGCAUGAUGAUUCAACCAGUGCAACACCACAUUCGGCAAUGAGGUCAUCUCAGUGAUGUACCGUGCCAAGCAAGCAGGAAAGUCGGUGGGAGUCAUGACCACCACGUCGGUGCAGCAUGCCUCUCCAGCGGGCACCUACGCACACGCGGUGAACCGUGACUGGUACUCGGAUGCACAAAUGUCUGCUUUGGCACUGCAGGAGGGCUGCAAGGACAUCUCUGUACAGCUCAUCUCCAACAUGGACAUCGACGUAAUCCUUGGUGGGGGCCGAAAGUUCAUGUUUCCCAAGGGGACACCAGACCCUGAGUAUCCAGACGACAGAGCUAAGUCCGGAAGCAGGCUGGAUGGACAGAAGCUGGUCCAGAAGUGGUUGACGGAGCACCAGGGGACUCAGUAUGUUUGGAACCGCACAGAGCUCAUUCAGGCAUCCCAGGACCCGGCAGUGACUCACCUCAUGGGUCUCUUUGAGCCUGAACACAUGAAAUAUGACAUCUACCAAGACCCUACCCAGGACCCCUCCCUGGUGGAGAUGACAGAGGUGGCCGUGCGCAUGCUGAGCAGGAACCCCCAAGGCUUCUACCUCUUUGUGGAAGGGGGCCACAUCGAUCAUGGCCAUCAUGAAGGCAGAGCCUACCGUGCACUGACUGAAGCUGUCAUGUUCGACUCGGCCAUUGAUAAGGCGGACCAGCUCACCAGUGAGCAGGACACGAUGAUCCUCGUCACUGCUGACCACUCCCACGUCUUCUCUUUUGGUGGCUACGUACCUCGAGGGAACUCUAUCUUUGGGCUGGGGGCCUCCUUCAAUGCUCUGGAUGGCAAAGCCUUUACCUCCAUCCUGUAUGGCAACGGCCCCGCCUAUAAACUCCAGAAUGGUGCCCGGGCAGAUGUCACUGAGGAAGAGAGCCGUGACCCCAAGUACCGGCAGCAGGCGGCUGUACCCCUGUCCUCGGAGACCCAUGGCGAGGAUGUGGCGAUAUUCGCGCGUGGUCCACAGGCACACCUGGUGCACGGAGUGCAGGAGCAGAAUUACAUUGCGCACGUCAUGGCCUUUGCAGGCUGCCUGGAGCCCUACACCGACUGCGGCCUGGCGCCCCCUGCUGGCCGGAACGGUGCUACGAGUCCCAGCACCCUGAUGUUCCUGUUGGCAGCGACAGUGUCGAUGCUGGUGACUGCAGCUGAACUCUUGAUUACCUGA